AAAGACCAUAUCAAAAUGAAGCCUUCUUCCAUAUUACAGUCCGCAAUAAAACCAGUCGCCCUACUCGCCCUGACUCUCUCCAUCACCAUUUUCACAAUAUUCUUCUCGUCUCCUUCACAGUCAGCUAUUGCUUCCUCAUCAAUGGCGUCUCGAAGCUUCAUCCUAUGGCUACACGGUCUAGGUGACUCCGGUCCAGCCAAUGAGCCCAUCAAAUCUGUCUUCACUUCCCGCCAGUUAGCCAACACUCGCUGGUCUUUCCCUUCGGCCCCAUUUCAACCUGUUACUUGUAAUAAUGGUGCUAAGAUGCCUUCAUGGUUCGACAUUCCUGAGAUCCCUAUAACAGCUAAUUCCCCUGUGGAUGAAAGUUCGUUGCUUAAAGCAGUUCAAAGUGUGCAUUCAAUGAUUGACAAGGAGUUGGCUGCUGGAACGGACCCUAAAAAUGUGUUUCUUUGUGGAUUCAGUCAAGGAGGUGCGUUGACUUUGGCUAGUACUCUGCUAUAUCCAAAAACUCUUGGUGGGGGUGCCGUUUUUAGUGGAUGGGUACCUUUUAACUCAACUAGUUCUAUAAUAGAACAGAUCACUGCAGAAGCAAAACGGACGCCGAUAUUGUGGUCUCAUGGUACAGCUGACGGAACAGUGUUAUUUGAAGCUGGACAGGCGGGCCCACCAUUCCUUCAACAAUUAGGCAUGAACUGUGAAUUUAAGGCGUAUCCGGGUCUUGGUCAUUCGAUAAACGAUCAGGAGCUCAAACACGUGGAGUCAUGGAUCAGCUCUCGUCUACAAAGUUCAUCAUGAAGGUUGACUAUAGUUGACCUUUUACACGUAUGCCUGGAAUAUUGAAAUUGGUUUCUCGUUAGAAGACUUUGAUUUAUGAGGUCAGUAAGAUUGCUUUGGGCAUGAGUUCUUUGGAUAUUGGAAGAUAUGUAUGUAGAUGCAAUAAUAUGAUAACCGUAUUAGAUACGAAAUUUGUGAUUUUUUUGAAAAGUGGCUUAUUUGACAUGAAAGCGCGUGUAUUUUGUUCAACUAUAGGAAAAAACAUGGUUUGUUAUAUCAUUUAACGAGGUGUUUGUUUUAUAGGACUUCAAA